CCAGCAGCAGCAACACUCCAGCCGAGCAGCAGGACUACUAGCAUGGCGCGCUGUGCGGCAGGAGUUCCCUUGUCUCCUCCGUGCUCCUCUCUCGUCUGACAGGGGCUCGUUUCUUCCUCCUGCCUCUGCGCGCCGCGAAUGAAAACCUCCUGUCGGUAAAAAACAACCAAAUAAAAAAAAACAAAAAAAAAAAACAGUCUGUUUGUCAGCCAGCCGCUCUCUGGGAAGUGGCUGAAACAGUCGCCGCUCGGCUGCUAACUUCUCGCUAGCAAGGAAGGGAGAAACUGGGAGAAACGGAGCGAACCGAGGAGGAGUCCUGGUCUGGAGGAGCUGAUGCGAGUGCCAUGGCAAUAGCCGGGGCAUGGCAGUGACGUGACGGCCCCCUGAUCCGCUUCUGAACAAAGACCUCGUCGGCGCGAUGUUCUUCUGAAGGUGGAGGCGCGACGCACAGGAGCAUGGAUGAGUCCAUUUUGCUGGAUCUGCUCGAGUGCCCCGUAUGUCUGGAGCGCCUGGACGCCUCUGCCAAGGUCCUUCCAUGCCAGCACACCUUCUGCCGGCGGUGCCUGCAGGGCAUCCUGGGCUCGCGCGGCGAGCUGCGCUGCCCGGAGUGCCGCACGCUGGUGGAGUGCGCCGUGGACGAGCUCCCCAGCAACAUCCUCCUGGUGCGCCUUCUGGACGGCAUCAAGCAGCGGCCUCGGGUGUCUGCCUCCGGCGGAGGAGUCUGCGCGAACGGGACGUCCGGAGCCGUGGCCCGGGCGCACGGAAGCGGGGCGAGGGAGCAGGGCACCCUGGGGGGGCAGCCCCAGCGCGCUCAGGCUAAGAGCACCGCUGUCCGAGGAGUGCCUCAGCUUCCUUGUGCCAAGGCGCUGUACAACUACGACGGCAAGGAACCGGGAGACCUCAAAUUCAGCAAGGGUGACAUCAUCAUCCUGCGCCGGCAAGUGGACGAGAACUGGUACCACGGGGAGAUGGGCGGAGUCCACGGCUUCUUCCCCACUAACUUUGUCCAGGUCAUCAAGCCUCUGCCGCAGCCGCCGCCUCAGUGCAAGGCGCUCUACGACUUUGAGCUCAAAGACAAAGAGGCCGACAAGGACUGCCUGCCCUUCUCUAAGGAUGACAUCCUGACCGUGAUCCGCAGAGUUGAUGAAAACUGGGCCGAGGGAAUGCUGGGAGAUAAAAUUGGAAUUUUCCCCAUCUCGUACGUGGAGUUUAACUCUGCAGCUCGCCAGCUUAUAGAGUUGGACAAGCCAUCCGAUUCCAGUGGAGACUCCAGUGAAGGGGCCUCCCUGGGACCCCAGAGCAAUGGUGCCCAGCGCCCGGGGGAGAAGAAGAACACUAAGAAGCGACAUUCCUUCACUUCUCUUACCAUGUCCCACAAACCCAUGCUCGCUCCGCCCCCCCAGCGCCACUCCAUGGAGAUUAGCGGGCCGGUCCUCAUCAGCUCCAGCAACCCCACCGCCGCUGCCCGCAUCGGAGAGAUCAGCGGGGGGCUUUCCUGCAGCGCACCUUCACAGGUACAUAUUUGCACAACGGGACUAAUUGUGACCCCGCCCCCCAGCAGCCCGGUUACCACAGCAACGGUCUUCACAUUUCCUUCAGAGACGAGCUACACGUCCAUCGCUUUGGAUGCCCUGCCGCCGCCCCCGCCUCCUCCUCCUCAGUCCCCAGUUAACGGAGCGGCGUAUUCCCUCGCCGCCGGACAGAGACCCUCCCCCAGUAUAAGCGACCAAAGCGGGAGACAAAGACCUACAGUCUAUGUGGCCAUGUUCCCAUACACGCCCCGUAAGGAGGACGAGCUGGAGCUGAGGAAGGGAGAGAUGUUUUUGGUGCUGGAGCGCUGUCAGGACGGCUGGUUCAAGGGCACCUCCAUGCACACAGGAAAGAUCGGAGUCUUCCCUGGAAACUACAUGAGCCCCGUCAGCAGAACGGCGUCUGGCAGCAACCAACCCAAAGUACCCAUGAGUCUUUGCACUCAGGCUGGCAGAGGAGUCACCAUCGUCAGUCCUUCCUCUGCCUCCCUUGGAGCUGUUGUUCCAGGGCCCGACUUCAACAAGCCCCUCCCUGCGUGCUCCACGGUUGUGUCUGCCUGCUCCCAGCCUGCAGCCGUAACGUCGGCUCAGACAGCCACAGGCCAGCAGCCAAAAGUUCCCCUGCACGUCAGCUCCCAGAUGACCGUAAAUCAGGCGCGCAACGCUGUCAGAACAGCCGCCUGUCACAGUCAGGACAGACCCACAGCCGCGGUCACCCCCAUCCAGUCUGUGACUUAUCUCCCACACGGCGCCAUUUGCCCCCAGUCCUCCAGCAACUCUGCUCAGGGCUGCAGCCGGGCAGGAGUGGCGAUGGGCUGCGCCGCCGCGUCUCUGACCCCGCCCAACGUCAGCGCCGCGUCUCUGGAGGGCGACGCUCUGAGACCCGUGCCUGCUGGGAGCAACGCUGGCUCCAAUCCUUCGUCUAACGCAGCCCUGGCCUGCAGGACGGACAAGGAUGUCAAGAGAGAAAAGAAAAGUCUCCUGAAGCUGCUGUCCUCCAACAAGAAGAAGUCUCGUCCUUCACCCCCCUCCUCUCCUACCCUUGAAGCAGAGCAGGCUGCAGCUGGAGAGGUGCUGCACGGCGCCGUGGGUCCCGACACCUCCCCUCCCUCCAGCUCAGGCAGCUGCCUCGAGCCUGAACCUGCUGGUGUAGUUGCCUCUGCUUCGUCAUCCUCCUCCUCCUCCUCAGUCCCAGAGUCCUCACACCGGAGGAGCGGUCCUCUGGACGGAUGCGCUCCCAUCGCUCCGCCUCCCCGGCAGCCCUGCUCCUCUCUUUCAUCCCAGCAACACGACGCGCGUCCCAUCAUAUGUGAGAGGUACAGGGUGGUGGUAUCAUAUCCCCCGCAGAGCGAGGCCGAGCUGGAACUCAAGGAGGGGGACAUUGUGUUCGUUCACAGGAAGCGGGAGGACGGCUGGUUCAAAGGCACGCUGCAGAGGAACGGCCGGACGGGCCUGUUCCCCGGCAGCUUCGUGGACAGCAUCUGACGGAGACGCCCUCGCUCGUCACCGCCGCUGCGAGGCCGGCGCCAGUGCUGCUAGCAGGCCACCGAGGCAAGGAGCGUCAGGCCAACACUUGAAGUUCACUCGGAGCUGGGGAGAAAACGCAGUUAGUUCAUAAAAGCACAGCGGACAGAGUUGCAAAAGAGCACACUACUCAUAAACCUUUCUGUUUUUUCUUUUUUUUUCUUGGUUAUUUAUAUAUUUGUUACUACUCAGCUGUUAAAUGUGUGCCUUGUACUGUUCCUCACUUUAUUGUACAUAAGGACACAACUAUAAUUAGUCCUGAAGCAGCCCAUAUGAACCUUUCAUCUGAUUGUUUCACGUUUUAACUUAUUUCAUGUUGACUUUUUUAUAAAGCUACACGUUAGGAGAUCAAAGGGGUAGUUCAGGAUUUUCAAAUCAGGGGGUUCUGUUAAAAGGUUGUAAGUAGUCAACAUCUUACCUGCAGUAAGCAACAUUUUUUGAUGGCUUCGGUCAAGAUAAAUUCAGGUCAGCUGCUCCUGGAGGGGGAAGCUGGCCGCCAGUCUGAGAGGGUCCAGUUUUAAAACAACAAAGCAGCUUUAAUGAGCGCCUUUUAUUUUUAGAAGAGCCUUUAAGCUGUUGAUGAUUUUUAAAAAAAUAAAUAAAACCUCUGAAAAUGUAUACAAGAUAUGAAGGUAGAAGUCAGCGCACCAGCAAUGAUCCUGUGUGAAACAUGCACCGACGAUGCAACAAGUGUAGUUGUUCUGCUCUGAUAUAAGAGUAAAGCAGUAUAAUUGAACAAUAUUUUAAUGACUUUAAUGCUACAUUAGAAAUGCUUUAUUGGUUGCGCUCGGCCUGCUUCCUGCGUAAGUAACCACCCAGUGCAAGGUGAAGAGAGGUCUGAAGGGUUGCAUUAAAUAUUUCCAUAACCUGCUAUGUUGUUGUUUUUAGACUGGAGUUAUUUUAAGACACUAGAUGUCUGCUUUAGUCUUGGCCUCUCAGACUAGUAGUUUUACCCUCCAGGACCAAUUAAUCUAGAUUUAUACUAAACAAAGAGGCUAAGCAUCUGCUGCAGGUGAGAUAUUGACCACCUAAAAUCGUGUUAAUAAAGGUUUCCUAUGACCUCAAAAUCUGGAAAGGGUUCCUUUCAUGUUCAAGGUCUGGAUAAGUAUGAACCAUAUUGGAGUUAUUAUUCAUCUUUGACUUUCACAUUUCAAUCUGAGCCCAGAUUCAUUCUAAAGUCUGAAACCGUGGUUCUUAACCUCGAGUUUAAUUGAAACGAUUAUUUUCAACUGGACUUGUGGUUCUAAAGCCCAAUAUAUCAAAGCUCUUGUGCUUUAAGUAAGCAGUCUUGAUUUGGAUGGUUUGAGCUUUCGAUUACGAAAUGGAGCUGAUCCUGGUUCAGAUGACAAAAAAAAAGAUGAGGGUGCAAUAGCUCCGCAGCACAAUGCUGAGUCAGAAGGGUGGGGGUUGUGUUAUUUCGUGAUUCAUGGCCCAUACAGACAAUAAAAGUCAAACGUUUUGUUCUUUCUUGUCCUGGAUGUUCUCAAGUAGGGCAUUCCCUGAAAAAAAUCCUGAACUAGCCCUUUAAGCGGGGCACAUGCCUUAUGUCAUAUUUGACCCCAGUAGUCGUACUUCUGCUGUUAGGCUGCUGAUAAAGGUUUUUUAUCACGGUUUCAAGCCAUCAGCAGGGAGGGGAAGGACAUGCGACGGAACAGACGAGAGCGUGCUGCACAGUAAGAGAAAGGACACGUCCCCCCUGCUCCCCGAGGCGUCGCCCAGACCAGACGAGACGAGACGAGAGGAGGGAAGAUCUGCUGUAUUGCACAUGUGAAUCCUCAGAGCUCAAAGUUGUGAAUGCUGCACAUGACUAAAUAUUUCUGUGCCACUGGGCAGACAUAUAUAUGUUGUUGUUUUGUUUCUCCUGAGGUGCGGUGGAGGUUUGCUGUUUGAGGCUUUUACCUUGAAAAGAUGAAAUAUCUGCAUGUCAUUAGUGAAGCCUGCUCCCGGAGACCGAGCGGUAAUAGGUGGGAGGUGGGACUGUUAACCUUCGUAGCGUCUUAAUUAUACACUCCACAUGGGCUUUUUGCAGUCCAAAGUUGUUUAAUCUGUACCUUUUUUGUUAAUAUAUUCACUGACCAGAGUAGCUGCUCUCCUGACCCCCCCCCCCCUGGCAGUAGCCGAACCCAGACAGAGCUCUGCAACACUAGAGCGCUAACAAAGCAGGUUUCUGCGUAUUUAUCUCUCUUCAUUUCACCGAGGCUGACGCCCGCUGCUCGUAGAGUUUAUGACUGACCUGACACAGUGACCCUUCAGUGGGAUCACUGUUUUUAAACGCUAAUAACUCAUUCCUAAUGUGACUCGUGGCAAUAAAAACCCCACUGCUGACCGAAGCACAGACUGUUUGCCUAAAGCGGCACGUAGUAUCACUCCACGGGAAGAGGCGCGUCGCGGGAUUCUGUCGAAUCUCAGAUUAUCAAUGAAAUCAAUCACUUUGAGCCCUUUAUUUAAUUUUGUUGUUUUUUUUUUCUUGUCAAAUGUUAUACAGACUUGAAUUACUUUCAUAUUUUCUUGUGAUUUGAGGUUUUUUUUGUCAUAUUUUUUGGCAUUGGCAAGCCGAGAACGAAAAGAACUGAGCUGGGUUAGCCGGACUACUUUGCUGCAGCAUGAGAAAUGCAGCAUUUCGUCCAGUUUUUCUCUGAAAUCACCAUCGAACACAUGCUUAUGUUAAUGCCUCGUGCAUCAUUGCAGACCGACCAGCAUAGUUUGAUGUAAUUUGGCCUUUUCAUGUCCUCUUUAGAUUCGAACAUUGACUUGUGCCAAAUUUGGCUUUUAGGGUCGGGACCCCGAGUUUCAAGCACAUGUUUUCAAUAUUUGUUUUGUCUUGUUAUUUUUUUCCUUUGGUUGUUCAUUGAGGGGGACCACUGUGUGACUGACUGCUGGAAUAUGUUGUAAUUUGUUUGAAAUGUGGAAGACGAUGGUACGCGUCACUGUUAGGGCCUUUUUUUUUUUUUUUCUGUCCUUUCAUAUAGAAAUAAUCUGACGUCUUGGCAAACUCACACACCUCAGACUAUUGGCUGAAACCUUUUCUUCUCAAGCGUCCUCAUUUCACUAGUUAGCCUUUAAUAUUACCCAAAUGCACAAACUUGUACUGACAUAUGCACUGUCACCGCAUUGCUGAUCUUACCACCAACGUGUUCAUGUUUUUUUUUCAUGCAUAUGCUGCACAGUUUCUAAACAUGAAGUGCUUCUUGAAAUAACUUUCCAGUCCAAUUCAUUCAUUUCUGAGCACCAGCAAACCAUGUUUGCUUCAUGCAGUUUAACAUGUCUAUAUGCCAAGGUGACUUACUUGAUUAUUAUUUUAUUUUUGUUGUUGUUGUCUCUUAAUUAGUCUGUUUUGUACCUAAAACGAAUAAAACGCAAAUCUAAUUAUUUGGCACAUCAUGGCUGUUAUGUUAAAGAAAAAUGUCCUGAAGCAUUUGAGGGAAUCGCAUAUUUUGUAAAAGAGAAAUCUAUAACAAUAAAAUCAAACAGUUUCUGUAUAUUUUA